AUGGCAUCUAGCCUCAUUGAUGAUGAAAGCGAUUUGGAUGAGGAAUCUACGAAUAAUCCAAUGACGAGAACAGAUUAUAAAGCUCUUAUCCGCAAGAUGAAUAUGUUGGUUUAUCAGACAGAACUCUUCUCAAACUCUAAAUUACAACACAUGAUGACAAUAAAUGAAUCUACUGUAAAGACUUUACUUUUUGAAAGUAAACGAUUGAGUGAAGAGAAUGAAAAGAUUAUGCAUGAUACUACUACUAAGGUAGAUGCUGUUUUGAACGAGGUCAAGGAGCUUAAAACCUCAGUGCUUUCUGAUAGCACAACUCACAAUCAGAAUUUGAUCGAUGGUGUUAAUAAUUUUGUUUUACAUUAUGGUACUGAAGCCAAAAUGGUUGAUAUCAUUACGCGAAAAGAUACUAAGAUUACUUCGCUCAAGGAAGAUUUGGUGGCUGUAAGGAAUGAACUGGUCAAGAAAGAAGAUGAACUGCUUCUUAGAAAGGGCAAUAAUUUUGAAAUUUAA